AGCCGCCGCGACAUCCUCGCCCCGUCUACCCGCGCGCCGCCGCGGGGGCGGGCGCCAUGGCAGUCGCCGCAAGACCAGCACCCACGGGAUACGUCGUCCUGGGAGCCGCCCCCCACCCCGUCGCGCUCGCCGCCGGGCCGCCGCAGCCGGCCGCGGCCCGCGCCGAGCCGCCGCACACCGCGCCCACCGCCCCCGGCCCGGACGCGGCCGCCGGGUCUGCCGAGCUCGUCGGCCUCGCGCCCGCCGCGCACGGCGUCGUGGCCGACGCGGGCCAGGCGUUCCGCGGCCUGACCUCGGCGGAGCCCUCGGCAUGCAGUGCCAUCGUCUCCCUGCAGGCUAGCGGCACGACCGCCGGGGCUCACCACUACCCGACAGGAUACCGGACAGGUUGGCGGGCGGCCUGGUCACGGGCGCGGCGGCGGGCUGCUUGUGGCAUGGAGGGUGCUUCUGGGGCGCCGGUUGCGGCAUCAUUGGGAUGUUGCUGCAGAGGGAUCCACAGGUACCUCAAGCAAGGUGCCAUAGUCAGCAUGCCCGCGGGAGACGGCAUCGUCUUCGCCCUGACGACAGAGGAGAAGUCAGAGUGAAGCUGUGGAGCGCUGGGAGAACGGCGCCGCUGACGCAGGACCGGACGGGUUUGCCCUGGUGGCGACCGACCGCCGCGUGGAGCAGAUGCAGAGAUUCAUGUAUCGCGUCGUGGCAGCCCUCGGGGGACGGGUCGAGAACGUCAGGGCGUUCAGCGACUUCUUUGUUCCGCGCUGCCACGGGACCCGACCGACACGACACCGAGCAGGUGGAAGCAGUGCACGGGCGUGCGGAGGGGGGGCAAGCCGAUCCCAAACCUCAGCGAGGCUGUGGCUGAGCUCCAAGAAGAGGAGGUCUCGAACGGAGUGAGGUUCCGAGGCGGCUUGCAGAAUAAUGGCCGACGGUAGUUGGCGGUCUCCAAAGCGAGAUCCGCAUGGGACGGCGAGCUCCGUCCUCGGGGGUGCGGGGGGGACCGAAGGGCGAAUAGGGCCAUGCUCGGGUCCCGCUGUGUGUGUACGUAGAACACCGGGUCUAAGUACCUGUCGUUGCCUGCGCGGCAAACCCUCGCGAGGAUCGAUCACAGUCACCGCAUAGUUAGGACCGCACUCGUAACA